AUGGCAACGGCGGGCGGGCCCGGGCGAAUGGCGGGAGCCCCGCCCCCCGGGAGGGCGGAGGCGGCCCGGCUCCUGCCUCUCACGCGCGCGCGCGCCCCACCCCACCCCACCCGGCGGGUCGCGCGCCUCCGGGAACCCCCCGCAGGCCGCGGCCUGGCCCUCCCGGAGCGGCCGCAAAGCGCGGCGGCCGUCGUGCGGCGGCGUCCGCGGCCGCCAAGCCCCGCCCCGCGCUGGGGCGCCGUGCGUCCCGGGCCCGACGGCGGCUGCGCAGUGCGCGCGGGUCCUCCCCCGACGCCGGGGCGUAAGCGCGGGCCGCGGCGACGCUGCGAGACCGGGGCGAGCCGGGCGCCCGCGCGGCGGGGACGGCCCGCGCCAACAUGCGGAGGCCGGCGGCGGCGGCGGCGGCGGCGGUGCGGGAGCGGGAGCGGGGGACCGAGCGGGCGCUGGAGCCGGAGCCGCAGCGCGAGCGGGGCCCGCAACAGGGCCCCGCGCCGCGCUGCUGAGGGAGCCCGGGACGCUGCCCGGCCGGCCGCGGGCCACGGCCACGGCGGAGGCCCCGAGGUAAGGACGCGCGCGCCCUCGCCGCUGCCACGGCCACGCGCCCGGGCCGCCGCGCCCUGCGGACCCCCCCCCCCGCGCCCGCCCUCCGGCCCCGCACCUGUGGACCCCUGUCCGCCCGCCUCUGACCCCCCAGGCCCCUGA